AAUACAACCUUCUCUAAUGCCAUUUUUUUUUUCAAUUAAAAUAACCUAAAGUUCAAUUAAAAAACAGUUGCCUUUAUUCAUCUAAAGAAGUGGCCCCUAUUUCAAUAGACAUAUUAAUAAUUAUAAUUCCAUGAAUAUGAUGGCAGAUUAGAGUAGGGUUGGGAAUUUGGUUGUUUUUUUUGUGGUGAGUCACACAGCAAGAAAAAAAAAAGGCUUCCAAACACAGUAUUUCUCAAAGUAGCUUUCAUUAAAAUAAAGAAUUUUGAUUUUCUUUCCUUGUAAUUUAAAAAUUUAGAGAUUUAACUGCUGAGGAAAACGAGGAAGGAAGGACCAGAUACUACAUAAAUACAUGACAGCUCUUUAUGUUUUUGUUUUUUUGAAGUAGUUGCUUGUGUUGUGCGCUUUCUAUGAUCACCUUCACAGCUUCCAGAUUGGUCACAUCACAAUGGAGGCUUGCAGAUUUCUUUAUUCUUCUGGUCUUACUAAUCAAAUUGACCUUUUCUGCUUUACCCUGCAGCCUCUAUAUAUGCAUAUGCAUUGAAUUUCUGCAUCGAUUAGUCCAUAGAGCAUGGAUGCUUCAUCCUCACAGUUUGUUUCCUCAAGAAGAAUGGAAGUAGUGUAUGAUCCUAUCCAUCAAAUUAGCAUGUGGGAAGAAAAUUUCAAAAGUAAUGCUAAUACUUUAACUGCAUCCACCUCCAUAAUUGAAGAGCUGGACAUGAAGUUUGAUAAUCAAGUUCAGGCGCAAUCAGAGGAGGUUUCUCAUGGAAUAUUUGGAACAUCUGUGAAGUACAACCAAGAUCAUAAUAGACUGGUUGAUAAGACACAAAGACGUCUUGCUCAAAAUCGAGAGGCUGCUCGAAAGAGUCGUUUGAGGAGAAAGGCAUACGUGCAACAGUUGGAAUCGUGUCGUUUGAAGCUGAUGCAGUUAGAGCAAGAGGUAGAUCAUGCUAAACGACAGGGAUUGUAUAUUGGUGACGGAUUGGGUUCUAAUAAUUUGGGUUUUGCUGGCUCUGUAAAUUCAGGAAUAGCAAUUUUUAAGAUGGAGUACGAACAUUGGGUAGAGGAGCAAAACAGACAUAUCUUGGAAAUGAGAACUGCUUUAAGUUCUGAGAUAGGUGACAUGCAACUGGGGAACCUUGUACAAAGCAUAAUGAACCACUACUCCAAACUCUUUAGCAUGAAAUCUGCUGCUGCAAAAGCAGAUGUUUUCUACGUUAUGUCUGGCAUGUGGAUGACAACAGCUGAACGAUUUUUCUUGUGGAUUGGAGGAUUUCGCCCCUCUGAACUUCUUAAGGUUCUGAUCCCUCUGAGUGGACCUUUGACAGAGCAACAACUGUUUGAUACCUAUGGCCUAGAAAAAUCAUGCCAACAAGCAGAAGAUGCUCUUUCACAAGGAAUGGAAAAACUUCAGCAAAUGCUUGCUGACAGUGUUGGGCGAGGACACUUAGUUGAAGGAACCCACAUUCCACAGAUGGAUACUGCAAUGGAGAGGUUGGAAGCUCUGGUGAGCUUUGUCAAUCAGGCUGAUCAUCUACGACAAGAAACCUUGCGACAAAUGUAUCGAAUACUUAGCAUACAUGAGAUUGGUCAGUUUCUGCUUGUUCUAGGAGAAUAUUUUCAACGCUUAAGGGCUUUGAGCAAACUUUGGGCUAAUCGAUCUCGAGAAGCACUUCCUUAGUCAUCAAACACAUAUUAUACCAAACAAAAACCAAUGACCCAUGAACAUAUAAUCAAGUGUCUAUAUCAUUAUCCAAAUCAUGUUCUCUGGCUGCUCACAUUUUUCCAGUACUGAGAACUUGUAAAUAGUUGUUUCUUACAUUUCAUAUCCUAUUUGGUUGUGUCAAUUGUGUAUAAUAUAGAAUAGCAGAGCAAAAUGUUUUGAAAUUUGCAUAAUCCUUUUAUGAUCUUUGUGAAAUAUAGAAAUUGUUUUUGUAUUA